AUGUCGCUUCUCUUCGUUUAUAUCGGUUUCAAUUUUAUGGUUACUGUAUUCGGAUUCACAUUCUUCUGGAAACUUUUCCCAGAGAAUCGAAUGGAAGCAAUGUCGCGGCAGAAUGCAGAUUUGAAAAAGGUGGACAGCGAGAACAACAAUACGGUGGAAUCGAGAGAGGAGGUCGAAAAUCAAAAGUGCAAAUGA